UUCAACAACCCACUGAUCUUGCUGCUUUUGGCCUCGGCAGCAAUCAGCCUGUUCAUGAGACAGUUUGACGAUGCCAUGAGUAUCACCACGGCCAUUAUCAUUGUAGUCACGGUGGCUUUUGUACAGGAGUAUAGAUCUGAAAAGUCCCUAGAGGCACUGACAAAAUUGGUGCCUCCCAAGUGUCACUGUAUCAGAGAUGGAGAGCUAAUGACCUUCCUAGCCCAAGACCUGGUGCCUGGAGAUAUCAUUCACAUCAGCAUAGGGGACAGAGUUCCUGCAGACAUCCGCUUGUUUGAGGCAACUGGCUUGAGCAUAGACGAGUCUAGCUUCACAGGAGAGAUUGAACCUGUGAACAAGACUAAAGAUGUGCAGCCAGCUCAGCUGGUGUCCAACCUCAGUGGUCGCAAGAAUAUUGCCUUCAUGGGCACUCUGGUGCGCACUGGACAUGGAAAGGGCAUUGUUAUUGGUACAGGGCAUGACUCUGAGUUUGGAGAAAUCUUCAAAAUGAUGCAGGCAGAAGAGGCCCCCAAGACUCCGCUACAGAAGAGCAUGGACACACUGGGCAAGCAACUCUCCUUCUACUCAUUUCUGGUCAUCGGCAUCAUUGUCAUCGUUGGCUGGAUACAGGGCAGAAAAAUCCUGGACAUGUUUACCAUCGGUGUCAGUUUGGCCGUGGCAGCUAUCCCAGAAGGCUUGCCUAUUGUAGUGACGGUGACCUUAGCCAUCGGGGUCAUGCGCAUGGCCAAGAGGAAGGCCAUCAUUAAAAAACUUCCCAUUGUUGAGACACUAGGCUGUGUGGAUGUUAUCUGCUGUGAUAAAACUGGAACCCUGACCAAGAAUGAGAUGACAGUCACACACAUCUUCACUUCUGACCACCACAGGGCUGAGCUGACCGGAGUGGGUUACAGCAGCCCCGGGGAGGUGAGGAUUAUACACACCCACGCUCUCGUUGACCCUGAGGAGUCUAUGAAAUCAUUUCGCAAGGUCAUUGAAGUUGGUUGUGUGUGCAACAAUGCAGAAAUCCACCACAAUACAUUGCUGGGCUCACCUACAGAGGGAGCAUUGCUGGGAGCUGCCAUGAAGCUAAAUCUUCCAGAUAUGAGACGUUUAUAUGUGAGAGCUGAAGAGUGGCCGUUCUCUAGCGAAACAAAAACCAUGAUGGUCAAAUGUCAUCCAGAGGUGGAUGAGGACCACAGUGUCUACUUCCUUAAAGGAGCUCUGGAGCGGGUGUUGGCCCAGUGCACUUAUUAUUACAGCAAUGGAGCGGCUGUCCCCUUCAAGGACAACAAGCAGAAAGAGGUCUAUCUAGAAGAGGGUCAUUACUUGGGUCAGACAGGUCUGAGAGUGCUGGGUAUGGCAUAUGGCAAAGAUACAAGCUCACUGGUCUACGUGGGGUUGGUGGGUAUCAUGGACCCACCUCGGGAUGGGGUCCGUGCUGCCAUACAGACACUGACUAUGAUGAAUGUUGGAGUCAAAAUGCUCACGGGAGAUGGAGAGGACACAGCUAAGGCUGUUGCGGCCAGGCUGGGGCUGUAUGCUGAAGGUGUCAGCACCAUGUCAGGAGAUGAACUAGAAGUUAUGGACAUUUCCCAGCUGACCAAAAUCAUAGAGGGCAUUGGCAUCUUCUACAGGGUAACCCCCCGACACAAACUGAAGAUUGUCAAGGCGCUGCAGCUGUUGAAACAUGUGGUGGGCAUGACUGGAGAUGGGGUCAAUGAUGCUGUGGCCUUGAAGACUGCAGAUAUUGGCAUCUCCAUGGGCAAGACAGGGACAGAUGUCUCCAAGGAGGCCGCAGACAUGAUUCUAGUGGACGAUGAUCUCAGUACUAUACUGGCAGCCAUUGAAGAAGGCAAAGGAAUUUUCUUCAACAUUAAAAACUUUGUUAGAUUUCAGCUGAGCACGAGCAUUGCAGCUCUGUCCCUGGUUGCCAUAGCUAUGCUGCUGCGGCUGCCCAACCCGCUCAACGCCAUGCAGAUUCUCUGGAUCAACAUCAUCAUGGAUGGCCCACCUGCUCAAAGCCUUGGUGUGGAACCAGUAGACCAUGACGUGCUGAGGCAACCGCCCCGCAGGGUCAGCGACAACAUCAUCACACGGUCCCUGAUAGUCAGCACCCUGUCGUCUGCCAUCAUCAUCAUCUGUGGCACAAUGUGGAUCUUCCACGAGGAGAUGGAAGAUGGGAAAAUCACUCCAAGGGACACCACCAUGACCUUCACAUGUUUUGUUUUCUUUGAUAUGUUUAACGCUCUCAGCUGUAGGUCUUACAGCAAGUCCAUCUUCCAGAUCGGCCUCACCUCCAACAAAAUGUUCCUGUACGCCGUCGGGGGAUCCAUCAUCGGUCAGCUGCUGGUCAUCUAUUUCCCACCCUUGCAGAAAAUAUUUCAGACGGAGGCGCUACAUUUCUCAGAUUUCUGCCUGUUAAUUUCCCUGACAUCGACCGUGUUUGUUGUGGCCGAAGUGAGAAAGUUUUUCAUUCGCAGACAGGAGGAGAAACAGCUGCAUUUACAAGAUAGUGUAUUUUAUGCUGAAAAUUUAGUGUUGUGCGAUUUGCAAGUGCCGUUUUCACAGUUGUAUAAGUGUAUGAAACACUGUUUUCUUGUAUGCAUAGUUUUCAAUUGUUGCCUGGAAUGA